AUCCAAAUUCCUUUGACUCCAUUGGCGACAUCUUACCAAGGCUUAGUCAAGUUUGGGACGGAUUACAGCUCACUACGUCCUCCAACAACAAGUCCAAACACAUUUUGGACCGAUUCAAGACAUCCAAUGCUACACGCGGCAGGGUGCUCGACCUCGGCUUUGCCGGUGGACUGGACCUGUACUUCCUGUUUGAUGCCUCUGGCAGUGUUGGUACGGACAACUUCAGGAUCGGGCUGAACUUUGCCAAGGCGUUAGUCAAGAAGGUUGGAGUGUCUGCUGAGCCGGGUGGUACCAGGGUUGGAGCCUUUACGUUUGCAUCAGAUGUCACCCCACACUUCCGUCCUCACGACCCUCUGGUAACCACCGAGCAAGUUGUGGAUGCUAUAGAGCAGAUUCCGUAUACAAAGGGAGGCACAGCAACGCGGCUGGCACUGAAGUUUUUGCGAGAAAGUGUCAUUCCGGAGGCAGUCGCUGAGUUGGACCGUCCAGAUGAGUCUAAGAAAGCACUUUUCCUCAUAACCGAUGGUAAGUCAAACACAGGUGGAGACCCAAGCAAAGAGGCUGAGAGGCUGAGAGAGGAACUAGGACUAGACAUCUACACCAUCGGUAUCAGCAACGACGUCAGCAAGACUGAGCUAGCCUCCGUUGCAUCCAGUCCCAAGAGGGAGCACAUGUUUACUCUGAAGGACUAUUUCCGUCUUGAGUGGCUAAUAGAUGCUUUGACCAACCAUUCCGUAGACUAUUCCAAGUGUGGGCAAGCUGGCAACACUAAAGCUGAGUCCAGGGCCCGGAUUGUGGGUGGGCAGGAUGCAAAUGAAGGUGCCUGGCCAUGGCAAGCAGCUAUUUACUACAGGAGAGGAAGCCGUGAGCUGUUUUUGUGCGGUGGAUCACUGAUCGCGCCUGACUGGGUGCUGACGGCUGCACACUGCUUCUUCAACGCGAUAGGGCUACGAUUGGACGACACAAAAAUCAUCAUCAAACUAGGUGUGACAAACCUGGACACAGAUGAAUAUAAACCGAAAGUACAGUACUGGGGAGAGAAUGAGAUCACCACAUAUGUACACGAGGACUACAGACAGCCUGAUACAGGCACCUAUGACAACGACAUCGCGUUGGUGCAUCUGGUGUCUCGCAGAGGUACCCUGGACCCGUAUGUCCGCACGGUCUGCCUGCCCUGCUCCUGUUCUUGUACUGGGGCAGGCUGUCUACUGGACAGUCAGAACAAGCAGGAAGAUUGUGUAACAGAAGGAACAGAGUUGUUCAAGCGCUGUAAGUAUGGAGUUGUGACAGGAUGGGGACACACCAAACAAGAAGACCAUAACGGGUUCAGGCCACGGGUGUCCUCUCACCUCCAGCAGGUGGAAGUCAAGCUGCGCACAGAUGAAGAAUGUACCAGAAACCUCCGUUUGUCCGCCAACCACUACACCAGCAGGAUGUUCUGUGCUGGAGACCCUGAGGACCAGCAGGAUGCCUGUAAGGGUGACUCCGGAGGUCCGUUCAUGUGUGAAGUGGAGAAGGAGGACAAGACCAGGUGCUGGGUACAGCUGGGAAUCGUGUCCUGGGGAGACGGCUGCGCGGCUGAAGGACGUUAUGGCUACUACACACAUCUUCCCAAACUCAUGCCAUGGGUUAAGGAUAUUGUAGCAAGACAUGGAUUCAACUAAGCAACAUAAUGGGUUGGUUGAGGUAGAACACAUUUGGUUGCAGGCACAUUCUAUCCACCCAUGAACGGAGUUGCUUUGAGGGUACUUUAAGAGUUUGACAUAAUACUGAAUGCUUUUCAGUACUGUGAAGUACACGUAGUAUACAAUUUUAAGAUUAUCAUCUAUUGCAAAAUAAUACCCUCCUCCCUGUCAAUUCUCCAUGGUAUCCUUAUACAAUAGAUGUCCUUGUGCAAUAGAGCAAAUUAUGAUCUUAUAUUUACGACUUUAUGAUACACGUAUCACAUAAGAAGUAGCUAGCUGUGGUACAUUUUGAACCUGAAUUGUGCAACUGUCACAAGAUAUACGGAUACAGAAGUGACAUUUUAGUUUUAGGAAUUACAUGUUUAUCUACGUACAGGUGCGACGAGCUAAGAAAAAUCAUGUAACUAGGCUGAAAAAAUAUUUUAUCACGUUCAUUUCAAUGCCCAAUGAAAUAAACAACUUUCUUGUUUUGUAGU